GUAACCUUCCCAGCGGUAAAGGUACCCGAGGAACACCCAAGGAAGUGUAGUGCUACAAUUAAACCCCAGCCUUCGGAAAAGAAGGAGGGGGACAAGAGAAGGAUCCAAGCGUGGCAUCGUCGGCUUAAAACAAGAAGACCGAAGUUGCACGCCUGCUUAACAUUCCAGUAAAAGGAAAAGACGAGUAUUCCAACUACAGCCUCGGGUCCAGCGCAAGCACGGGAGAGUUCAGUGAUGUGACCACUCGUGUUCAUUGUGUUCACGGUCUAGAUGUACCGUGAUUGUGUUUAACUCCGCGAAGAUUCCUACAUACAAAGUGCGCGGGUGUCCAAAGAGCGUCGUCUCUUAUACAACUUGGCGGGAACAUAUCCACCAACUUGGCGGCAACAUAUCCAACAAAUUGGCGGCAACAUAUCCACCAACUUGGAGGCAACAUAUCCAACAACUUGGCGGUAACAUAUCCAACAACUUGGCGGCAACAUAUCCAACAACUUGGCGGCAACAUAUCCAAAGGCGCAACAAAAGCCCCUACACCACAGCGACUGCUAUUUCAAAGAUGAAACCCGAAUCUGCAAACCAUAUGUACCUGAUUAUCGCAUGCUGCCUCACACUUCCUGCAUUCUCUUCACAACAUUCACUAACUACAGAUGAGACAGAAAUACCAAUAAUAAAUGAUAAACAUACAGAACUGACCCCUACGAUAGAACUGCCAAUUAGCCAUACACGCACAAGAGAUCUAAAUGUGGACUGCAGAGGAAUGGAAAGCACAAAUAAAACGCCCACUUCAACGACAAUGAAUGAACGACCAAAAAACUUCUGUGAAGAUGAGAAAGAAAAACCAGUAAUAAAUGAGGAAACGACAGAAUUGAUCAAUACAACAGAAAGGUCAACUGAGCACGUAAAAACAACAGAGCUAGAUGCGGAUUCAAGAGCAACUGAAAGCACACAUAAACUGGGCAAUUCAACUACAGUGAAUCAACGACCAGAAAAACACGGCAAAGAUGAGAAAGAAAAACCAGUAAUAAAUGAAGAAACUACAGAAUUGACCAAUACAACAGAAAGGUCAACUGAGCACGUAAAAGCAACAGAUCUAAAUGCGGAUUCAAGAGAGAUUGAAAGCACAAAUAAACUGGGCAAUUCAACUACAGUGAAUCAACGACCAGAAAAACACAGCAAAGAUUAUUGCCGAGGGGUCGAAUAUCAAGAUGGCUUCAUCAAAACUGACUUGGACUUCUUCUUCCGAAUGAAUAGAAGCGACGCAAGGGAAUGUCUGAAAAAACAAAUUCUCUCAGAGAUUGAAAGGGUAUUACGUCACCGGAACAGGAAUAAUACUGAUCAGUCCUGCUUGGACUUCACCAAGGAUGAGAGCCUCGAUCUGGAAUACCUGGAAACAAGCGAUGACGUCAUUCUCUGGUACCCCUUCAUACACUGCAAGAACGAGAGCCAGUGCGACACUGUGCGGAGUUUCUUUGAAGGAUGCGAACGCACUGUGGCCAAAGAUGUGGGGAAUUCUUCGCAGAAUGAUCUUGGGGGUGCACUCAUGCCAUCCCUGCCCUGGAAAUGCCCGCCCUGGAAAUGCCAGUUUCAGAACAGCACAAGAAAUUGCAGCGCAAUAUUUGCGUACUUACAUAUCUCGAGGAACAAUUCAUUAUUGGAGGACUGUGG